UGCGGCGCUCCGGCGCGUGUUCGGGGCUCGGUCGCUGUGGCGGAGAGGAGUUUCCUAGCACAGGGAGGAGGGGGGAAAGAUUUUUUUAAAAAUGGGAAACUCUUGUCGAAAGCGGCUGCGUUUCUUUUAACCUUGUUUCUAUCUCAACUCACUUCCUGCUGCGGCAUUUCAAGCUGACAGGGGUCCAUUUGACUGGAGGAAGGAGUGGAAGUUGCCCACGAGCAUAAGAGUCUAAAGUACUCAGACCUGGCAGCUGAGUGUAAGGAAGUUGGCUGGAGGACCAUUAUCUACCCUGUGGAGGUCUUCUGACUAAUAAAGCAGUUUGAUUGGAAGCAACUUAAUGGAAAAACUUGAAAAUUUUAGAUGAGACUGACAGAUCAUGCAGUCAACAGGGCACCGAUUCCGGGAUGUUGAGCAUCAUCCUUUGCUGAGUUCCGAAGAUGACUUUGAAUGCUCACCUGCCAAUGUGGAGACGGUGGAUCGGAUCUGGUUUAUCCGAGAUGGAUGUGGAAUGAUUUGCGCUGUCAUAACUUGGCUUCUGGUUUUAUAUGCUGACUUUGUGGUGACUUUUGUAAUGCUGCUGCCUCCCAAAGACUACUGGUACUCGCUGAUAAAUGGCAUUGUUUUUAACUGUCUGGCAGUGCUGGCUCUCUCAUCCCAUCUGAGAACAAUGUUAACAGAUCCAGGUGCUGUACCGAAAGGCAAUGCCACAAAAGAGUAUAUGGAGAGUCUGCAGCUGAAGCCAGGGGAAGUAAUCUAUAAGUGCCCAAAAUGUUGCAGUAUUAAGCCAGAGCGAGCUCACCAUUGCAGUAUUUGUAAAAGAUGCAUCCGGAAGAUGGACCACCAUUGUCCUUGGGUGAACAACUGCGUUGGAGAGAACAAUCAAAAAUUCUUUGUACUCUUCACUAUGUACAUAGCACUGAUUUCAGUCCAUGCACUGAUACUGUGUGGUUUCCAGUUCUUCUUCUGUAUCAGAGCACAGUGGAGUGAAUGCAGUGGCUUCUCACCUCCUGUAACUGUAAUCUUAAUUAUAUUUUUGUGCCUUGAGGGACUUCUGUUUCUCACAUUCACCUCAGUAAUGUUUGGCACACAGCUUCAUUCGAUAUGCAAUGAUGAGACAGAAAUUGAACGAUUAAAAAAUGAAAAGCCUACAUGGGAAAGGAAGUUACGAUGGGAAGGAAUGAAGAAUGUUUUUGGAGGACAACCUUCGUUUCUAUGGAUUAAUCCUUUCUCAGGCAUUAGAAUAAGAAGAUUCCUUCCUAGACCGAUAAAGGGAGGACCAGAAUUUGCUGUUUAAGAAGAACUUAUCUGAGUAUUUCUAAUACUAAAAUUAGCACAACAAGACUUCAUUCUUUUCCACAGUCUGCCUUUAAGGUACUAUGGAUUAAAUAACUGCUGCCUGUUAAAAUUGCACAUAGUAACCUAAUUAUGAGCAAAUCUCAUGAAGUCUGGAACUAGUGAACUGACAGAAAGCUCCAUUGGCCAUCAUACGAAUGGAUUGCAAAGAUCAAACUGUAGCUUUGAAUGGACAGUUACACAUCCUAACUCUACUGUACAAAGUUGCUCAUUUUGUAAUAUUGCAUCAAUGUACUAUUUGUGAAAUAAUCACAAAAUAUUUGGAUGUAAACCACAAUGAGAUUGAUGUCAUUUUAGUAAUAUUGCUUAAGAAUGUUCUUAACAUAAAAUUUGUCCAUUUGAUCAUUUUCAAUCCAUUUAGCAUUCAUGAAAAUACGUUUCAGGUUCCAUACUUAAAACUGUUAAAUGAGAUGAAACAUCAGUUGGCAUUGGAUAAUUUCUUUAUCUGUUUUAUAUUUUUAUAUGUAUAUAAAAAGAACUCUAAAGAAGGGGAAACUUUAUUUUUUCAGUUCAUGUAUAUUUGUGUUUUAUUAAUUUCAAGAAAGCUUUUUUCCUUUGACUGUGGUAUGGGUGUGCACUGUUACAACUCAAAAGUUUACCUUGAACGUAACCACAUUUUCACUUCUAUUUAUUUCUUUGUUAAAAUACCAAGAUGAAUUGUAAGUGUAAGAUUGUUGAUGCUUCUGAAAUUGAAAUGAACUAUCUUCAUUACAAAUCAUCUCAUUAAUUUAAUGUAGAAUGAUUGCUCAGUAUAUGGAAUAGAAUAAAACUUAUUGUUUCUAAUUCUCUGAAACAUAAAAUAUGGUUGAAACCAACAUAGAUGCAAUGAUUUAAUUUCAUUGUUGCAGAACCUUGGUGUUCAUGUACAGUUCAACUUUGAUACAAUUUAUUGUGAUGAGGUGGAUGAAAUAUGCUUUCUGCAGUCUAGAUCAGCAGAAAGUAUAAUCCUGCCAACUAGUAGGCUGUAUUAAUUUUUCAGCUGACUUUAAUCCUUCAGCACUCAAAGAAACUAUCAGAAUUCAACUGAUAGAAAAUAAAUGUUAAUGUUUGAUUUCUGCUCCUAAGGUAAAGCAUCUAGUAUAUAACCUACUCCCCAUAUGAUAUAAUGUAUUGAACAAGUAUACAAAGGUGCAAGCAUUACACUAACAGAAUGUAGUGACACAGUUUGAGCAUUAAAUGUCAACUGAAUGUAACUUAUGA